AGGCGAGCUGCCAUUGCCAGGAAUCGAAUUCGGGUGCCGUCGCAGUUGUUGGGUCCGAGCGGCGAUGCCAUGGCGACCUUAGCGGGAGCUGCGACUGCGACUUGGGGGAGCGUGGCUCGCCACUCACUCCCCGCCUCGAGUUUCAAGUCUGCCUACAGCUUCUCGUCCUCGUUUUGGUCUCAGCCUUCGCUUCUCCGACUGGCAUUCGUUGCGGAAGAGAAGAAGUUCCAGAGAGAAGGGGGAUUCGUAAUUUUCGCGAGGAAAAAAUCUGGAUUCGCGGAGCUUCUAUUCAACCGAAAAAAUGAACAGCAAGGAGAAGGAUCUCAGCGGCCAAGACUCCAGCGUGGCCGAGUUUCCCCUCGACUAGAUGUUCCUGCAAAUAUUCUCAGGCCUCCCUAUGUCAAUUCACUUCAAGCACCUGAUUUUGUCGAGGAUUACCAAAUACAGGACGCUGAGGGUAUUGUCGGGAUGAAAGCAGCUGGCAAAUUGGCAGCUGCUGUACUCAGCCAUGCCGGUACUCUUGUCAAGCCAGGAGUCACAACCGAUGAGAUUGACAAAGCAGUGCAUCAAAUGAUAAUUGAGGCUGGAGCUUACCCUUCACCUCUUGGCUACGGUGCAUUCCCGAAAAGCGUGUGCACUUCUGUCAAUGAGUGUAUUUGCCAUGGCAUUCCGGAUUCAAGGGCUCUUUUGGAUGGUGACAUUAUCAAUAUUGAUGUAACAGUGUACCUAAAUGGUUAUCAUGGAGAUACAUCAAGAACCUUCUUGUGUGGAAACGUCAGCGAAGAAGGAAGGCAGCUUGUAGAAGUCACGAGGGAAGCCCUCGACAAGGCAAUAUCUAUAUGUGGUCCCGGUGUAGAAUUCAGAAAAAUAGGCAAAGUAAUCCAUGAUAUAGCGGACAAGUACAAGUAUGGUGUAGUUAGGCAGUUUGUUGGUCAUGGAGUCGGGAAGAUCUUUCACUCAGGGCCUUCUAUUCUCCAUUUUCGUAAUUCCGAGCCUGGUCGCAUGGAAGUAAAUCAGACAUUCACGAUAGAACCCAUGCUUACCAUUGGUACCAUUAAGGGGCGAAUGUGGGAUGAUCGAUGGACGGUUGUGACAGAAGAUGGCAGUCUUUCUGCUCAAUUCGAGCAUACAUUGCUCAUUACAGAGAAGGGGGUUGAGAUCCUGACUUUAUGAAUGCAGUGAGUGUAAUAUAAGCUCAUGUCAAGCAAGCCUGGAUUUAGAACACCCGUUCCGUCAUUAAGUCCAUAUAGAUGUCAGUGCAACAAUAUACAGCACACGAAAUGCUUGUGCAUGAUAUCGGGAACCUUCGAAUCUGCAAUCAUACUAGAUUAUUUCAAGGCUUGGCAUUGGGCCUCAUGCCGUCGGUUGCUGGACAGGUCAUCAUUCCAGAGAUUUGGAACUGACCUAUGCCAAACGUGUAUCAUAGCAAUCACCCAGGCAAAGGGUUAGAUCUUGGCAGUAAUAUCUGGAUAACAAGAAGGCCAGUUAUAUCUCUUUAUUUAGAUUCCUCCAAUCAAUAUGUCAUGUUUUGGACGGAAGCAACCUCUCACAUGACUGCGAGCUCAGCCAUGAGUUUCUGUAGAGAUUGUAAUCACCUCUAAGUCUAUUUACAUUUUCGAGAACUUUUUUUCUCUGAAUAUCUUCUUGUAUAUCUUGCUAAGUGCGACCUAAAGUUUGUGAGUCCUG